GGUAUUGUCAUCUCCGUAAAUUGCUCGAAUUUAUUAUUAAAUAAAAAAUAUCGCUAUUUAGAAGAUUUGUCAAUUGUGAACAAUUGCAUCCUUUUGAUUAAAUUCUCGUCUUUUGUUUCCCAUUAUUCUCUUGAUACUUUCGUUCAAAGAAAAAGGCUACUUUCAAACAGUUGAGAAAACAUCACAAUCACAACUGAUCACAACCAUCAAAAUCAUAAUCAUAUGGUCGUUUGUGUUUGCUAUGUUUGAUAAAAUUUUAUAAAUGGAAUGACUAACUUGGUAUUUGGAGUUGGAAUAGGAUUAUUUCUAAUUUUAAUCCUAUGGGCGGUAGCUUUGCUCAUAUUUUUUAUCUCUUUAAGAAUCGAAAAGAAAAUCGGAACUAUUGCUAUACUCAUCGUUAGCAUAUGUACAAUCGUUUUAAUUGCAUUGCCAAGAGCAUCAGAGAAAUCUACUACUGCUGACAAAAAGGUAUACGAUCAUUUAUUUAUCUGGCGCAUUCUGUUACUCAUAUUGUUGAUAAUAUCAUCUAUAAUCGGCUUAGUGGGAUACGUUAAAUUUGGAGUAACAGAACCUAUAAGGCCAAUUCGAAUAACUAAUUGGAUUCUCUAAAUAUUCACUGCACAUGAUCGUUUAUUUAUCUGGCGUGUUUCGUUACUCAUAUUGUUUAUAAUAACAUCUAUAAUCGGCCUAAUACAUAACAGAAUCAGUCAAGCCGAUUCGAAUAACUAAUUGGGUUCUCUAAACACUUAUUUUUUAGCUAAUAAGUUAACGAUUAUGUAAAGUGAUCGAAGACUGCAUUCAUACUUGCUUUGUAACAAAAAGAGCAAGUGAAGAUCAUAAAAAUGUUGCGCAAUACUAGUAAGCUGUCAGCUACGCUGAUGCGACACGUAUCAUCGUCCCACCACAUAAACAAGCAAUUCGAAAUAAAUAACAAUAGCGAGUUCAUUAGUAAGGUGAUGAAUAGUUCGGUGCCCGUUAUUGUAAAUUUCCACGCUGAAUGGUGUGACCCUUGUAAAAUACUGACGCCUAAAUUAAUAGAAUUGAUAGGACCAAUGGAAAAACUAGACCUUGCCAUUGUAAAUUUAGAAUCGAAUCCAGAGCUGGUGCAUCUAUUCGAAGUGAAAGCUGUACCGGCAAUUAUAGCAAUUUCAAGUGGCCUCGUAGUUGACAAAAUUGUAGGCCUAACUGAUUUAGUGAUCAUAGAAAAUUUGAUACAGAAACUUACCAAAACGUCCGCGAUCUCUGAAAACGAUAAGAACGAGGUUUAACGUGCACACUGUGUUUCAAUGUAAUUAGUGCAGCGAAUUCAGUAUGUUUUUAUUUUUCUGUUAUGUUUCGUAUGUUUGUAAAUCUACGUCGAUGGACAGUACUUUUAUGCAACGCGUGUUCAAUAUGCUUUACUCCAAAUACAAAUCAUAAAGAGAUUAUAUAGAAUUUUAUUUGUAAAUCGUAUCGAACUGAUUUUAAUUAAUGUUGGCACAAAUUUCAGAACAUAGAAUUUGUAUUAGAGCUCUGCCAUAACUUGUAUCAACGCAAGGGUAAAAAUAUGAGAGUAAUUUGAAAAAAGAUAACAUUUUUAUUCGUUAUAUAUAUAAUUUUUAUAAUAAUAACUUGUUAAUUAUUUU